AUGAAGCUUCCUUGGAAAUCUCAGCAUUGCACUACCUUUGCUUGCAAAUCUAGAAUCUGGAUUUUAAGAUACUUACUCCAACACAUAUUAUUAUUACAGGCCGGUGCUCUUGUUCAUGUUUGCACCAAUGGGACUGUUUUGGUGACACAUGGAGGUGUUGAAAUGGGUCAAGGAUUUGCAUACAAAGGUUGUGUCAUUCCCCUUAGUUCAGUUUUUGUGUCAGAAACAAGCACAUACAAGGUUCCUAACGCGUCACCUACUGCUGCUUCUGCGAGCUCUGAUAUGUAUGGUGCUGCAGUUUUAGACGCUGUUGAGCAGAUUAUAGCUAAAUUGGAGCCUGUUGCAUCUAAACACAAUUUCAACUCCAUUCGCUGA